CUUGCGCGCUCGCUCGGUCGGGCUUGGAGGGGCGGGCGGAUCGCGGGGAGCUGGAGCCGCGGAGCUGCGGGGGGCUGGCUGCUGGCUCUGUGCGACCUCCGACCGAGGCCGUGGACGUGGAUGGGGGUGUCCCGCUGAACCCCGAGAGCCGCCGCAUCUGCCUAGGACCCGGACAGAGCCAAGAACCCUGAGAGCUGCGCUGGGUACCAGCAUGGAGGCCCCGCUGGUGAGUCUGGAUGAGGAGUUCGAGGACCUUCGGCCCUGGGGCACAGAGGAGCGGGAGGAGAAGCCACGAUGCUUCUAUGGCUCGUCACCCCAUCACCUCGAGGACCCCUCGCUCUCCGAGCUGGAGAAUUUCUCCUCUGAGAUCAUCAGCUUCAAGUCCAUGGAGGACCUGGUGAACGAGUUUGAUGAGAAACUCAACGUCUGCUUUCGGAACUACAACGCCAAGACGGAGAACCUGGCACCUGUCAAGAACCAGGUCCAGAUCCAGGAGGACGAGGACACGCUGCAAGAUGAGGAGGUUUGGGAUGCUCUGACGGACAAUUACAUCCCUUUACUCUCAGAAGACUGGAGGGACCCACACAUCGAGGCUCUGCACGACAACAGCUCUGACACUGAGAUCCACGAAAAAGAGGAAGAGGAGGAGGAGUUCACAGAGAGGAGUGAGCAUGACUCUGGUAUCAACGAGGAGCCCCUGCUCACUGCUGAUCAGGUGAUCGAGGAGAUUGAAGAGAUGAUGCAGAACUCCCCAGACCCUGAGGAGGAAGAGGAAGGCCUUGAGGAUGAAGAUGGAGGAGAAACCUCCUCCCAGGCUGACUCAGUCCUCCUGCAGGAGAUGCAGGCCCUGACACAGACCUUCAACAACAACUGGUCCUACGAAGGACUGAGGCACCUGUCAGGCCCGGAGCUGGCGGAGCUGCUGGCGCAGGUAGAAGGCGCCAUCCGUGACUUCUCAGAGGAGCUGGUGCAGCAGCUGGCCAGACGGGAUGAGCUGGAGUUCGAGAAGGAGGUGAAGAACUCCUUCAUCACAGUGCUCCUCGAGGUUCAGGACAAGCAGAAGGAGCAGCGCGAGCUGAUGAAGAGGAGGCGGAAAGAGAAAGGACUCAGUCUGCAGAGCGGCCGGAUAGACCGAGGCAGCCAGAUGCCCCUUAAGCGCUUCAGCAUGGAGGGUCUGUCCAGCAUCCUGCAGAGUGGCAUCCGCCAAACCUUCGGCUCUCCCGGAACUGACAAGCAGUAUCUCAACACAGUCAUCCCCUAUGAGAAGAAGGCCUCGCCGCCAUCUGUGGAAGAUCUCCAGAUGUUGACCAACAUUCUCUUUGCCAUGAAGGAGGAUAAUGAAAAGGUGCCGACUCUGCUCACAGACUACAUUUUAAAAGUGCUCUGUCCCACCUAAACGGGCCCUGGGAGCAGCCUUGCUGCCGAGCAAGCGCCACCGCCUCCAGGCACUGCAUGAGCCCGCGCAGCCUGGGCGCCUACCUAAGCGGAGAUCGCUCAGCCUGGACUCCACGCCCAGCGCUGGCUUCUAGUCCUAGUUCUCAUCGGGUGCAUGACCAAGGGCAGGGCCGGCGUGGUGGGAGGGGGCCCCCUUGCCCACUGCCCCUUAUCUAGUCUGACUCCGGCCCGCAAAAGCAGCUGACACUCUAAGACUAAUUUUGGAAUAAACCUGCAUUUAAUUAA